AGAGCGAAGAAAGAAUGAGCAUUUGUAACCGAGAGGGGGGUCAGUGUGCCGAGAUGGCCAUGGUAUGCCUGACAGAUUUUGAGGAGUAUGCCAAGGAGCAUCUGUCCAAGGCCACAUGGGACUACUACGCUGCCGGAGCUGAUGAGUGCUGCACCCGAGACGACAACCUGCUAGCCUAUAAGCGGAUCCGCCUGAGACCUCGUAUCCUGCGUGACGUGUCGGUGAGCGACACCCGCACUACCGUGCAGGGAACGGAGAUCAGCUUCCCGGUGGGCAUCGCGCCCACGGCCUUUCACUGUCUGGCCUGGCACGAGGGGGAGAUGGCCACAGCAAGAGCCACCGAGGCGUUAAACACGUGCUACAUCACCAGCACCUAUUCCACGUGCUCGGUGGAGGAGAUCGUGGCGGCGGCACCCAACGGCUACCGAUGGUUCCAGCUCUACGUGUACCGCGACCGCAAGCUGUCGGAGCAGAUUGUCCACCGCGUGGAGGCGCUGGGCUUCAAGGCCCUGGUGCUCACCGUCGACGUACCGUACACGGGGAAGCGGCGGAACGACAUCCGCAACCAGUUCAAGCUCCCACCACAUCUCAAAGUCAAGAACUUCGAUGGCGUCUUUCAGGAAGCAUCAGGACCAGAGGAGUACGGGAUCCCAGCCAACACUUUGGAUCCAUCAAUUAGCUGGAAGGACGUCUACUGGCUCCAAUCCAUCACACGGCUGCCCAUCAUCAUCAAGGGGAUCCUGACUAAGGAGGACGCCGAGCUGGCGGUGGAGCAUGGCGUCCAGGGCGUCAUCGUGUCCAACCACGGCGGGAGGCAGCUGGACGGCGGCCCGGCCUCGAUCGACGCGCUGUCUGAGAUCGUGGACACGGUGCAAGGCCGGAUCGAGGUUUAUCUGGACGGGGGCAUCCGGACGGGCAGCGAUGUGCUCAAGGCGCUGGCCUUGGGGGCCAAGUGCGUGUUCAUCGGCCGGCCGGCAGUCUGGGGCCUUGCGUACAAGGGAGAGGAAGGAGUGCGGGAGGUGCUGCAAAUUCUAAACGACGAAUUCCGCCUGUCCAUGGCUUUAUCGGGUUGCCGGAAUGUGGCGGAAAUCAACAGGAACCUCAUCCAGUUUUCCAAACUGUGACCGGCUCGCCUGCACAAGGCAGCGGGACAUUUUCAACAUAAGCCAACACCUGUUUUUACUGUAAUCUAAACAAAAGGGAUCCCAACAAACUGUACACUGAA